UUCAAGUCAGGUCAUUAUUACUCUUUUCGUAUAUGUUGCGAAUAAAAAGCCGUCAGCAUUUUUUAGGCAGAGAUUGUCAUCUCCAUUCAGCUUCUGGGUUUGUUCUUCGUGUUCUAACUCUGUUUGGCUGCUGAGAAAGGUUAAGAAAGCUCGGGAAUUUGCUCUCUGUAAAGUUGCUCCUAUCGUCAUUCUCCUUUUUUUGCUUUUGUCUCAUGGAUUCUGUAUCUUAAGUAGCUUCUUUAACUGUUGAUCGAUCUGGCUUUUCGGAGGAAAAUCUUCUGGGUCUCACUUGACUGAGAAAAGGGACUUUUAACUACUUGAGCUCUGCAACCUAGUUUUCCCGGGUAUUUGUUGAUCUGUCAGUUAAAAUUUACUGGUUUUGCAACAUGGGUACAUGAAAUUUUCCCAGAUGGGUGGAGGUCUCAAAGAGGAUGUUCGGGAGGAAUUGGCUUCUCCAUCAAACCCUGCUCGAACCCUAGUUCUGGUUGGGCGUACUGGCAACGGGAAAAGCGCCACGGGCAACACUAUUCUUGGAAAGAAGGCGUUUACAUCAGAACUUAGAUCAGUAGGCGUUACCAGCACAUGUGAAUCACAUGGACUUAAACUAGAAGAUGGUCAGAUCAUCAAUGUAGUCGACACUCCUGGAUUGUUUGAUUUGUCUACUGGUAUCGGGUUUCUGAGCAAAGAGAUUGUCAGAUGCAUAACUCUUGCCGAAGGUGGAAUCCAUGCCGUGCUGUUAGUUUUCUCAGUUAGGAGUCGGCUAACUGAAGAGGAGCAGUCUGCGCUCCGUCAUUUGCAGGAACUCUUUGGCCCUAAAAUUGUUGACUAUAUGAUUGUUGUUUUCACCGGAGGUGAUGAGUUGGAGGAAUGUGACAAGAAACUGGAGGAGUAUUUGGCUGAGGGUCACCCCGAGUUCCUGAAGGAAGUUCUUGCGCACUGUGACGGUCGAAUAAUCUUGUUUGAUAACAAGACUAAAGACGAAGGCAAGAAAGCCAAGCAAGUCCAAAAUCUUCUCAAACUUGUUGACUCUGUCGGGAGGCGGAAUGGCGGAAAACCGUACACGGAUGAGUUGUUCAGGGAAGCACAGGAAGAGGUGAUCAAACUCCGUGAUCAGCGAAGGGAGGUUGAAUCAUUGAGGGGCAAUUCAGAACAAAAGCUACCGAAGUUGAAGAUACAGUUCAAAAAGAAUGAAUCGCAGCUCAGCCAAAACAUAGAGAGGGUGGAGAGAAAGCUGGAAGACACAACGAGGAGGCUUGAGAAGCAACUGGAAGAAGAAAAAACUGCAAGGAUUGAAGCAGAAAAGAGAGCGGACAAGUUCAAAAAGCAGUCCAAAGAUGAGAUUAAGAUGCUGAGAGAGAAGCUGGAGAAGGCUGAGAAACAAGGAACUUGCAUCAUCCUCUGAGAUUUCAUGAAAGAUUUUAUUUCGCGGUGGUGGUUUAUGUCGUUAGUCAAUGUCCAAGAAAGUAGUGGCAAUGCCUUCUUCUCUCGCAGAAGAAUCCGGUCGUCCUUCGAAUCCAGCGACCAGUUCGUCUUGUCUUCUUGCAAUUUUGUGUUCUGUUUUCUCUGGUUUCCUGGGUCCAUGUCAAGUUUUCAUCUUGCUGCCACUUGGACAAUUGAUGGUUCUUAGAUGGCUCUGAUUUCAUCCACGAAAUCAUGGGUCGGCCCCAGAAAUAAGCGUUUCAGACGGCAUACAGUAGUUAAGGUUGUCGAGAUUGUUUGACGUUUGUUCGG